AUGCCUUUCCCUAGUCGCCGCCAACAGCAUAUUAAGCGCAUGGUUCAAAAUAGAAUGGAAAACGCUGCCAGAAAGAAUAAAGAAUUACUUGUCUGUAAUUUAGAUAUCGAAGAUUUGAAUACUGAACUUGAAGAGACCAAAAUAAAUUCAUCAAGCCCUAUUCUUCAGUGGAGAGAAGGUGCUGGAAAAGAGAUUCCUGGAGUAUAUAGAAAAGACUUGUCAACAACAAUGUGGAGAAAGCGCAAGACUGAAGAAACAUUAAUUGAGAAUGCUAAGAGCAACUAUAAACUUGAAGAUUUGGGAUUCUUUCGAUUGACUCAAUCAAAUACAGCACUUGUAGAGAAUACAAUCAGUGAGACCUCUCAAGAAGGAUUAUUUGAUGCUGAGACUGAGAGUGAGAAUGAGAAAAUUUAG